ACUCCCAUGAUGCACUGCGCGGCGUUUCUUCUCCUCAUUGUCCUGAACCGGGAAGCGAGGGAAUUUGAAGCGGCCGGGAGGGGGGUUCCCCUGGUAACGGCCUCUCGCCCGGGAUGGGGGAGCCCGGCGGCUACAGGUGCGUCGAGUGCAACCGGGAAGCUCCUGAGCUGUACAGGGACUAUCAGCGCGGGGUGCUGCGCAUCGCCAUCUGCAAAUCCUGCCAGAAACCUGUGGACAAGUACAUUGAGUAUGAUCCUGUUAUCAUCUUGAUUAAUGCCAUCUUAUGCAAAACACAGGCUUACAGGCAUAUUCUUUUCAAUACACAGAUAAAUAUUCAUGGGAAGCUUUGCAUAUUUUGUUUGCUUUGUGAAGCUUAUCUCAGGUGGCUGCAGCUACAGGAUUCAAGCCAAAACACAGACCCUGAUGACUUAAUCAGAUAUGCCAAAGAAUGGGAUUUUUAUAGAAUGUUUGGAAUUGCUUCUUUAGAACAAACUGCAUAUUUGGUUGGCAUCUUUACUGCCCUUUGGCUAGCGAGACCUGAGAGCCUGAAAACAAAGUCAGACUUCAUCUUUCUUCUGAAAGCCCUGCUGUUGUCUAGCUAUGGAAAACUUCUACUGAUUCCAGCUGUUAUUUGGGAACACGACUAUACGCCUUUGUGCCUCAAACUCAUAAAAGUAUUUGUCCUGACAUCAAACUCUCAAGGGAUUAGAGUUACCUUGAAUUUAAGCCAAACGCUCACUUUGUUGGCCAUCUUGAGUGGAUUAAUUUUGGAAAAUGGUAUAGUAUACUUCUUCCAGAGAAUGGGAUGGAAUGUUUGAAAAGGCAGCCCAGUGUCCAUUUUCUAAAUCUUGGAUUAUUUUGAAAAUCUAAAGAAAAACCAACAUGGUACAUUCUCAAAGAAUUAUCCUCCUACAGCAAGCCUCAAAUCAGCCUCAAGUAGUUUUAUGAACAAAAACUUUCCAUGGUAAUUGACUGGAAACAGUUAUGAUUUAAAAUGAAAAACUCCAGUAGUCUGGCAACUGUAUGUGUUAUACCAGAAAAUGUCAGUCUAAACUUGCUUACUUUCACACCAAAAAUAUGAGUGUGCCACUAGCCUAAUAGCUUCCAUAGAUCCAGCUGUAACAGAAAAAUGGAGGCUAACAAUUUCAGUACUACCACCAAUCACUACUUCAGAUGUUUUUUCAGAAGGAGCUGGAUGAGAUAUUUUCCUUAGGAGAGAAAAGGAGUAAUUGAGAAAAUUGAAAUUGAGAAAGUACUGGUUUUGUUUUCCCAAGAGUCAUCAACAGAUAAAGAACUAAGUAUGGCCAGAAUUGACUGAUUACAAUGGACAGACUAAGCUUCAUUCUCAGAUAUUUGUGAAACAAGCCAAAACAAUAAAGCAGUUAUUUUGUAUUUUAUUCUACAAAGUGUAAUAAUUGUGACAGUGUUUUAAAGGAUGUGUUUGAAAACCCUAAAUGUCUUUCUUUUUAAAAAAUUGUUUAGAAAGGCUCCUGAUUAUUUCAUUUAAUCAGUUUAGGUUUAAUUUAAAAUUUUCAACUUCAGUAUUUGGUGGGGUUCCAAGGGACAGCAACAACAAACCAAACUGUGUGGUAAAAUUGAUUUUGAAGUGGUCUAACACAUAAUAUAGGUGAGAUCCUAACUUGUAAAUCUGCCAGUUUAUGCUGAAUAUCUGGCCUAUGCCUUUAAGAAAAGAUACUUUACAGUGCUUCAGAAACUACCCCGGGGGGAUUCUGCACUGAAAAAUUCUGAAAAUUUUGUCAAAAUAAUACAAUAUAAUCACAA